AUGAAUCCUUUGUACCCCUCAACUUCCAACAUGAUGUGCGAGAUCACAGUCGCAGUGGCUUUCAUCUCCAAGUUCCUCCGCACCAAAGGGCUCACAAGCGAAGUCCUGCUGCACACCUUCAGCCAGACACUUCAGGAGCUUCUGGCAGAACAUUAUAAACAUCACUGGUUCCCAGACAUGCCAUUCAAGGGAUCAGGUUAUCGUUGUAUUCGCAUCAAUCAUAAAAUGGAUCCUCUGAUUGCACAGGCUGCCCAGCGCAUUGGACUGAGCAGUCAGGAGCUGUUCAGGCUUCUCCCAAGUGAACUCACACUCUGGAUUGACCCUUACGAAGUGUGCUAUAGAAUUGGAGAAGAUGGCUCCAUCUGUGUGCUGUAUGAGGCCUCACCCCCAGGAGAGAGCAUUCAGAAUACCUCCACCAUGCAAAUGGUAGACAACAGAAGCAGCUGUAAGGAGGAAAUGUUCCUGGGCAGAAGCCCUUCCAAAACCUACAAUAUGAUGACUGUCUCUAGUGAAGGUGUAGUCUAUGGAUGGCUCAUCUUGCAGUGA